AUGACCGCCUUGCUUCCGUCUGAAGCGGACGACCCGCUGCGCUCACCCAAGAUCCAGACCUAUUUCCUCGAGAACGAAGGAGGCUUCUUCAAAGAACCUAUGCCCGGCUACUAUGAAGCUGAAUACCCUAGUUCGCCGCCUUCCACAAGCUCUAGCUUUUCCUCCUCCCCUGUCUUCCGUGCUUCCUCGACUCCUCCGAUCUAUACACCAACUUUGAGCAGUCUAUCAUUGAAUGGGACCUCCGAUAAGGAGGAAGAUGACCUUGCAUUGCCAGCAUUCGAUGCCGACGCCGACUCUACUCCGCAGUCAAACCCUGAGCCUGUCAUCUCCGGUAAUGCGAACUCUGAUGCAGUAGAUCCACUGCAAUCCCACCCUAAGUACCCAGGCGCGUCGCUGUACAAAACCUCCAGUGACGACUCGUCCAUAGAAGAAGAGCCUGACCGACACGUGGAUUAUCUCUCCCACGAGUGGCGAGAGGAGGAUAUCUGGGCGUCAUGGCGCUAUGUGGUGUCCCGGAAGGAUCGAUAUAGCAAUGGUGUCAGAUUGGAGAAUGCAUCGUGGCGCACGUGGGCCAAGUCGAAAUAUGAGCUGCAAACCGUGUUGCCUGAAUCUCUGAAUUGGUUGAAGGAUUGCGAUGUCACAUGGCUCUAUGGUCCUUUGCAGACUGAAAGUAAGCUGCACCCAGCGUCCAACAAGUCGCCGCCACCGAGUCGACUGUCAUCAACGAAUUCUUUCGUAGACCGAAAGUCUAUUUUGAAGAAAAAGACCGCAUCAGAGGCUAUUCUCCAACGGUCACUAUCCCAACACACGCUCUUGAAACAUGCCGGAGCUAUUCUGCAAGCACAAAAAGCUGAAUCCAAUAACCGCGGAAGACCUGCCUUUGCACGAGCCACCUCAGAUGUCGGAGUCUCGUUGAGUCGGAGGUUAAGUUACAGCCUUGACUCGAGCCAUGUUACACCCACAAAUUCAACAUCGUCCGGCCUUAUUUCACCUAGUGAAAAAAGACACAUCCAUUUUAACAACGAAGUCGAGCAGUGUAUUGCUGUCGAGGCAAAGGACGACGAAGAACAUGCAGUCGACCCGUCGAGAUUCUUCCUCGGAGAAGAAGAUGAUGAUGAGGACACAGAAUCCGAUGACGGCGUUGUGAUGAUGAAGCAAGUCAGUCCACGACUCUUAAGCAGCUCCCAGGGCACGCCUAGGAAUAGCUUCAGCAGCGAAAGCAAGACCAUUGCACCCCUCCCUUCCACCACUCUAAAAUAUAGAAGCGACACCCCCGAACCACCAUGGUUUCAACGCAACCAGGGUAAAUCUGUUAGCAACGAGAGAGAUCUAUCCCCAUCGCCGUCAAUAGAGACCUUGCGGCCAUCACGCCCUGACUCUAAUUUCCUGCUUGAUGAUGAUAGAUAUUAUCAAACGAGUCACUCAGACUAUGACUUUCCACCUGAUCGUCCAUGGUUUGUAGAUCCCAAGGACACAGACGAGCUGGAUCGCGGCGGUGAUUUACACCUGACCCCCUCCGGCAUGUUCAUGCCUUACGAGGAAGGCGAGGCCCCUUCUACCGGCGUCUUGGGCCGAAUCGUUGACACCGUCAACACCGCCCGAGACAUUGCCCACGUCAUAUGGAACGUUGGCUGGCGGCGGUGA